GAUGAAGUCACUCAACAGCCCAUAACAACAAAAGUCAAUAAUAUUACAACAAUUGCAACAGUUACGACUCACCACCAGAAACGAUUGUUUCUCUGGGAUGAAAGGAGAAGGCUCUUUACUUUAUUCUUUGCUUCUGAUGCGUUGUUUUCUCUCUUAUUUCAUUCGUUUCUUCUAAUAUCUCCAACCGAUUUAGCUACUUCGCGACCUGGAUCCUUGACAAGCAGCUAUAUACACGCGCCAUAGAGAGAACUAACUCGAACUCAUGAGCUCUGUCUACUCCUAAAGUAAAUCGAACAUGGCUCCCCUUCCACAGAGCCCUUCUUCUAGGCGUAUCAACCCGUUCAGUCGAGGUUCUCCGUCUCCUUCCCCGCACUCGCCGCAACCAGCUCCAACCUCAUCUCUAGCCAGUAUUAGGCCUAAGUCUGUUGCGUUCACCACCUCGGUUCCAACAGAGCAAUAUAUGCACAGCCGUAAUGCGUCAUUCUCACCCAUGAGCUCGGGGACGUUUGUAUCCUCACAUGCCAGACAGCGCUCAAGUUCAAGAAGCAACUUACCAACCUCGAAUACAUUUGCUCCGCAAUUUAUAAAAUCGGAAGAGCUACGGAGAGGCGCUGAUCAGAUCCGUGGGAUUGAGGGCGAUAAUGACUUUUCAGGAAAGAGAUAUGUUUGGUUGAGGGACCCGGAGAAAGCUUUCAUUCGGGGUAUGGUCUUGGAGGAUGACCAGAAUGGACGUUUAUUAGUCCAAUGCGAUGAUGGCGGUCAACGUGAGGUCGAUGCCGAGAGCGUCGAUAAAGUCAAUCCUGCGAAGUUCGAUAAAGCGGACGAUAUGGCUGAGCUAACCCAUUUAAAUGAGGGCUCUGUCAUUCACAAUUUGCAUACGCGCUAUAAAUCAGACUUAAUAUACACGUAUUCUGGGCUCUUCCUGGUCACUGUCAACCCCUACUGCCCAUUACCCAUUUACACGAACGAGUAUGUGAAGCUGUAUAAGGGUCGGACACGGGAAGAAACACGGCCACAUAUCUUUGCCAUGGCAGAUCAAGCAUUUCGAAAUCUUGUUGAAGAGAGGCAGAACCAGAGUAUUUUAGUCACUGGUGAGUCUGGAGCUGGCAAGACGGAAAACACGAAGAAGGUCAUUCAAUACCUUGCAGCCGUUGCAUCCUCCUCAGAUGUCCCACAAGGCCGCUCCGCCAACAAACAAUAUUCCAACCUUUCUCAACAAAUAUUAAGGGCGAAUCCAAUCCUUGAGGCGUUUGGUAAUGCUCAAACCGUGAGAAAUAACAACUCCUCCCGCUUUGGAAAAUUCAUUCGAAUUGAAUUUUCACGAACCGGCCAAAUCUGUGGCGCCUCCAUCGAUUUUUACCUCUUAGAAAAGUCUCGUGUCGUGAAGGUCAAUUCCCAAGAACGAAGCUAUCACAUAUUUUAUCAACUUCUCCGUGGCGCAGAUAAGGAACUAAGACGGCAUCUUCGGCUUUAUGACCUUGAUAUCGAAGAUUUCGGGUACACGCGGGAUGGAAACGACUCUAUUUCAGGCGUUUCCGACCUUGAUGAAUGGAAUGCCCUUAUGGAAGCCUUCGAUAUCAUGAACUUUUCUGAUAACGAUCAAUUGUCAAUUCUUCGAACCGUGGCUGCAGUUAUGCAUCUGGGAAACGUCACCGUCACCAAGGAAAGCCUACGCGCUGACCAAGCGACACUGACACCCGAAGGAUACGAAAGUGCUGCAAACGCUUGUCAACUUUUGGGCAUCCCAGUUGAUCCCUUUGUGAAGGGCCUGCUUCACCCUAGGGUAAAGGCUGGGAGGGAGUGGGUAGAGAAAGUUCAGACCCCUGAACAAGUACGGCUUGCUCUCGAUGCGCUGGCAAAAGGUAUCUACGAACGGGGAUUUGCCGAUCUGGUCAUACGAAUUAACAACCAACUUGACCGCAGUGGUACAUCAGGUGAGGAUAGCUACUUUAUUGGGGUUCUCGAUAUUGCCGGCUUCGAGAUCUUUGAGAGCAAUAGCUUUGAACAGCUCUGUAUCAAUUAUACCAACGAAAAGUUACAGCAGUUUUUCAACCACCACAUGUUCGUCCUGGAACAGGAAGAGUACGCCAGAGAGCAGAUCGAAUGGCAGUUCAUUGAUUUUGGAAAGGAUCUUCAGCCCACCAUCGACCUCAUAGAGCUACCAAAUCCAAUUGGUAUAUUCUCCUGCUUGGAUGAAGAUUCCGUGAUGCCAAAAGCCACUGAUAAAUCUUUUACUGAGAAGCUUCAUUCGUUGUGGGAUCGAAAAUCCCCAAAAUAUCACCCUUCUCGCCUCACCCAGGGAUUUAUCCUCACCCACUACGCUGCGGAAGUCGAGUACUCUACUGAGGGCUGGCUAGAGAAAAACAAGGAUCCUCUUAACGACACGGUCACCCGACUGUUAUCUUCGUCAAAUGAUAAACAUAUCGCCAAUCUCUUCGCUGACUGUGCCGAUGUCGACGAAGAAUACGGAGUAUCAAAGAGCCGCGUAAAGAAAGGACUAUUCCGUACCGUUGCCCAAAGGCACAAGGAGCAACUUUCGAGUCUCAUGGCUCAGCUACACUCUACACAUCCUCAUUUCGUGCGUUGUAUUUUGCCUAACCACAAAAAGAGGCCCAAACUGUUUAAUGGUCCAUUAGUACUAGAUCAACUCCGCUGUAAUGGUGUACUGGAGGGUAUUCGAAUUGCUCGCACUGGAUUUCCCAACCGCCUUUCAUUCACAGAGUUCCGGCAGCGGUAUGAGGUUCUUUGUCCGCGAAUGCCAAAGGGAUACAUUGACGGGCAAAACGCGGCGAAAAUCAUUAUUGAGAAUCUGGGGCUGGACAAAGCUAUAUAUCGUAUUGGUCUGACAAAAAUGUUCUUCAGGGCUGGUGUGCUUGCAGAACUCGAGGAGCAGAGAGAUACUCUCAUACGCGAUAUCAUGACAAAAUUCCAGUCUGUUGCCAGGGGAUUUGUGCAAAGACGUAUCGUAAGCAAACGGCUCUACCGUACGGAAGCCACCCGUAUCAUCCAGCGCAACUUCCACAUUUACCUUAAUCUAAAAUCGUCGCCAUGGUGGACAUUGUUUAUACGGAUGAAGCCUCUUCUCGGAGCCACACGAACUGCCGGGGAAAUAAAAAAGCGCGACGAGCAAAUCAGGAAGCUUGAGGAGAAGGCACGAAACGACAUUGCAGAGCGCCAAAAAUUGGAAGACGAGAGGAGGAGGGCAGACAUCGAAGUGCAGCGGAUAACGAAGACUCUCGAGAGUGAGCGGGCGCUGGCGCUGGAUAAAGAGGAAAUUUUCAAGCGACUCCAACUUCGGGAGAUCGAACUGAGCGAAAAACUAGCUGGCGCGAUCACAGAUCAAGAGAGCUUGGAGGAUCAAAUGGAUAAGUUGAUCGUGUCCAAAAAGAAGACGGAAGAGGAGUUGGAGCUUCGGCGUUCGCAACUCGAGCAGGCUGCCCAGAUAAUGAGUCGCCUGGAGUCGGAGAAACAAGAACUUCAAGGACGAAUCACCCAACUUGAGAACCAGUUACAAGAUAUUGAGAAUAGUCACAAAAAACAGGAUGGCGAGGUUGACAAAUUAUCUCAUGAAAUCAAGAUGCUCAAUAGCCACCUCAGCUUGAAGGAACGGAAAUUACAAGAUCUCGAAGCUAAACUUCUUAAGACCGACCAGGACCUCGACAUCAAGCUAGCAGAUACGAUCAAAGAGCUUCAGUUUUCAAAAAAGCAAGUGAAAGAUCUCAUAGAAGAAAAUAGAUCAAUUCGUCAGCAGAUUUCUGAUUUAUCCUCCACAUCGACCGGGUAUGAAGAAUUGGUCCGACGAAAGGAAGGGGAGAUUUCCAUCCUUCGUGGAGAUGUGAAGAAAUUUGAGUCGGAGAAGAAAUCCCUGGAAGCCGAAAAGCAAACUCUUGCAAGCCGACACAGUGACAUGCAGCAACGGUUCCGUGAACUCCAAGCGCAAACCGAUGCUAUGAUUUCGGAGAAGAAGAACCUGGAACGUGAAGUCGCAGAUGUUAAAAAGCUACUAGAAGCCAAGAUAUCCGAAGAUGCUGAGGCCGGACAAAGUCGCAAGAUGCUUGAUCAACAAGUUAAAGAUCUCAAGGAACAGCUGUAUGCCGUUCAAGCCGAUCUUAGCCGUGAAAGACAAUCAAGAGACGAUGUACAAAUGCUCGGUGAACAUAAAUAUGCGCAGCUUCACCAGGAGUUUGGAAAUCUCAACGAGUCGAAAAUUACUAUUGAGAAAGAAAUGUAUAUCCAACAAGACACAUUACGGCGAGCCACGGAAGCGCGAGCAGCAGCUGAGACGUCCCGCAAAGAGUUGCAGAACGAGCUUAUCAAACUACGAGAGCGUUUCACUAAAGUUGAACGCGCACAUUUGGAUGCCGAAACCGCAAUUGAAAAGAAAAUUGUGGCGCAAGCGAGCGAGCGACAAGCAAGUUUACGACGAGACCUUGAGGCAAAAACCAAGGAACUUGAGGAAACCGAAAAGGAGCGGGCUCGCCUUGCUGUGCAGGUGCAAGACUUUACUCGAACCAUAGCCGAGUCUGAGGCAUUCCGGAUUCGUCAUGACCAGCAUAAGGAGCGCUUGGAACGCGAACUUGUGACUAUCAAAGGGAGGCUUGCUGCGUCGGAAAAUGAUAAUAGGGCCCUGCUUAAUAAAAUCCAGCAAAAGAACCUUGACAUUGCUCGCUCAAAUUCCCGAGCUAGUGACACGCAACGAUCGAGAAUGGUGCAAAUCCAGAAUGAGAAGACUCGGCUAGAGGAAGUCAACAAGCAGCUUUCACGACAGCUGGACGAUUCUCAGCUAUAUAUCACCGCGCUGGAAAAACAGAAGGAAAAGUUGGCUCUAAGUGUCGAAGAUCUCAACCAUGAAGUUACCAGAGAACAUAAGGCCACCCGAAGUGCUGAGAAAGCUGCAUCAGCGGCCAAUAUACAACUUGCUGAGGCAAACAGAAAUCUCGAAACCGAAAGGCAACUAAGGACCCAAGCCCAGACUAACACGCGAAAACUUCAAGCUUCAGUUGAUCAAGCGAAUAAAGAGCUUCAAGAUUGCCAUCACCAGCUGAUGCUUCUCCAUAAAGUAUUUAACCCUGAAGCAGACGAAAAUCCCAGUUCCUGGGAAGCGGUCAAACCGAGCUUGUCGAAGAGCGUCGACAUGGCGGCAGUGUUGGAGACGGUACAAAACAAACUUAGAGUUACCGAAGAGAAAUGCACUCGCGCUGAAAGCCAACUGGCUGAGAUGCGCCGACGCCACGCAGAUGAGAUGGCUGAGCUUGAUGCGCGAUAUUCCUCUUCCAAAAGGGCGCUGCUUGAGGAGAUCGAUCAAAAUCAAGUUGCCGUGUCGCGAUCGCCGAAUCAUUUCAGGAAGAAUUCGGAACCUGUCAAGCGCUACUCGAAUCCUUCGACGCCUAACAAUCGCCGGUUUAAUUUCAAUGACUGUGCUAAUGAUUCUGCCCGAUCUGACAGAACCGUGGACACUGUGGCUUACCAGAAGCGAAUGGAUACUGCUGCUGAAAUUGAGAUGCUUCAAAAUCAACUGCAACUCACGGAAAUGCAGAAUCGGCAUCUUCAAAGUCAGCUUGAAAGGUCCACUCCGGCACGGGAUUCGUGGCAGGAUGAAAGCCCUUCAAUCCGAAGAAUGCAACUGCUUGAGCGUGAAAAUGGGCGCCUUCAUGAAAAGCUUGAUGACUCUGCCAAGAAAGUAUCUGCGCUGGAACGCAGUAUUCAAACUGGAGAGUUGAGUCUCCGAGACGUCCAAGCCAAAUCUCAUGAAGAACUCUAUGAUCUUCUGAACUCUCAGGAGCAGUCGAGAAAAUCACUGCUCCAAGCCCACAAGAGUGCACUAGCUGACUUAGCAGAUGCCAAAAGCCAGUUCGACAAGCUCAAGCAUGCGAGGGCAGGCCUCGAGGUUGAGCUUCGGGAUGCUACCUCUGAGUUGAAGGAAUCACAGUUUGCCAGGGAACAAGAUGCGGCUAGUCGAGCCCAAUUACUCCAGGAGUUUUCAGACCUCCAAAUCAGACUAGAUGCUGAAACUUCCAAGGUCGUCGACUUGACCUCCAGCCUCGAACUCUACAAGAGUCGCGCCGAUGAAUAUUUUGGGAAGCUUGAGCAGGCUGAAAUCGCUGUCUUGAAAGCUAGUCGUGCCGAACAAUUCGCCAAAUCGCAAGCCAAGGAGGCAGAAGACACUUGUGCGACAAUCAUGGCAGAACGGAAACAAAUGGACAACCUUGUCGAAGACUUGCAACGCCAAACGCAGUCUUAUGAAGAAAAGGUCGAGGACCUCGCUGCUGAUCUCGACGCGGCAUUACAAGCAAAGAGGAGGCUGCAAAAUGAAUUAGAAGACUACAGAAGCCAGCGUGCCAUGGACAUUGAAGACAAGGAAACUUCCUUGGAGCAAACGAGGAAGAAAUAUCAAAUGGAAUUCUCGACUUUGACAAAUGAGCUCGAGAUCGAGCGUGAGAAUGUGCUCCAUAUCCGAGGGGAAAAUGCUCGGUUGCGAGAAGAGAUCGAGGAGCUCCGGUCUAAGUGGGAUGACGAAGUCUUGAACAGCUCUACCUGGGCUAAGGAGAAGUCGCGGCUGGAAAUGACUUUACAGGAUGUAUCUAUUUCACGCGACGAAGCGGUUAAUGCGCACAACGAUGCGCAGAGCAAAGUAGUUACAUUACUAUCCCAAGUACGCGGUCUUCGAGGGUCAGUCGAUGACAUUUCCGGUGAACGCGACGCACUGCUUAAAGAGAAGCGAACUCUUGAAACACGCCUCAAUGAAGCGUUGGAUCGCUUGGCUGAACUUGCACAAGGAGAGAAUCCUUCGCUCCGCAACGCCGCCGAGAUGGACCGAGAGCUCCUUGAAUUAAAAACAAAGCUUGCCCAGCAAGAAGACUUGUCUUCAGCUGCGAUUGGAAAGAUGAGACGAGCUGAAGCCUUGGCAACUGAAAUACAGAAAGAAAUUGUGGCUGAACGUGAAUCAACUGCUCAGCUCUUCAAGGAAAAGGCUGCCUUGGAGAAGCAGCUCAAGGAGGCGCAGUUGAAGUGCGUCGAUUUGGAAACUAAGGGCUACUCCUCUGCGAGCCAGGAUGUAAGGUUUCUACAUAAGCGUAUCCAAGAGCUUGAAACCCAGUUGGAUGAACAAGAAUCCAAGCGGAAUGCUGACCAACGAUUGGUCCGCAAUGUUGAUCGCACUGUAAAAGACCUUCAAUCCCAGAUCGAUCGCCGUGAUAAAAUGAAUACACAAUUAUCAGAAGAUAUUUCCAAGUCCCGCGACAAGAUCGAACGGCUCCUCAAGACCAUUGAAGAACUUCAAUCAAGCGAUUCUGAAAAUCAACUCCAGGCCCGUCGGGCUGAGCGGGAACUACGUGAAGAGAGAGAAAAGUCUCUACGACUUGAGCGAGAGCUGGAGGCUUGGAAAGGGUUGCGGGUUGAGAGAGGCAGCGCAAUGGGUCGCAGCGGGACUAUGCCUACGUUGAGUGAAAUUGGUGAUCGAUUCGGUGGAGCCAAUGGCAGUCGCCGAGGUAGUGGUGUCUUUGUCGGUCCGGGGCCGAAUGGACCUAUUGAGGUUCCUCAACGGAAGUUGAGUAACUCCAAAGGUUUCCUAUAAACGGUCGUUUUGUGCCCCUCUUUUUCUGUUUUUUUCUGUUUUGUUUGUCAAUUUGAAGAUUCGUCCUCGUUUGUUGAUUGGGUAGUAUGAGUUCUAUUUGCAUGUUGGUUCAUAUGGAUUAGUAGGACAAGGCGGUUUAUGUUGCCAUGAAUGCAUGAGAUACGUGAUGAGAAAGACGGGUAGUAUGGUUUUCUCCGGGAGCAAGACAGUUCUUUAAUCUAUGUUGCUUUUCUUAUUGUUAGCUGGUCUUUAUAUAGGCGCUGAUAUAGUUUUGUUUGAUGGUUCCCUGAAUUGAUCAUAUAUGAUUUUAGCGCAUAUGUAAAUACAUACCCAUUCAUAUUAGAAUUGUAUUCUUUAGACUCGAAUUAGAGU